AGUUCAGUUCAGCUCCCUCCAUAUCUCUCUACUCUGCGGUCAAACAAACAAUUAUUUCGUUUUUUUCCUUUUCCUACUCUCAAUGGCCAUCCAGCAGAUUGUGUUCUUUUCUCUUUUGUUGAUGAUGUUGUUAUUAUCUGUGUCGGCCAAAAACAACAACCAGUCUGAGUUCUUCGAUCUUAUGAAGAAGUCUCUGUCAGGAGACUUCAUGGCUCGCUGGGACGGAAAACAUGUUUGCAACUAUUCCGGGAUUGGGUGCGAUGAUCUUGGCCAUGUUGUCAAGAUUGAUAUUUCUGGGUGGUCAUUAUCAGGCCGGUUUCCAGAAAGCGUCUGUGGUUAUUUCCCAAAGCUUCGAGUUCUUCGCCUCGGCCAGAAUCAUUUCCAUGGAAAUCGGUUCCCUGUCGGGAUCAGUAACUGCUCGGCCUUGGAAGAGCUAAACAUGACGGGUGGAUAUUUGACAGGAGAUUUGCCGGACUUGAAUCCUUUGCAGGCUUUAAGGUCACUUGAUUUAUCCUUCAACCUCUUCACGGGUGAGUUUCCUUUGUCGGUCACUAACCUUAGUAAUCUCGAAGUGCUCAACUUUAAUGAAAAUGGCGGGUUUAGCCCGUGGCGGCUACCGGCGAAUAUUUCCGGGCUGAGAAAGCUAAAGAGUCUGGUGUUAACGGCGUGCAAACUCUCCGGGAGGAUUCCGGUGGGGAUUGGGAGCAUAGAGUCCUUGGUGGAUCUUGAAUUGAGCGAUAAUGGAAUGGUGGGAAGGAUCCCGGGGGAGAUAGGGAGGUUACCCAAUUUACAACUUCUUGAGCUUUACUAUAACCAAUUAGAGGGAGAAAUCCCAGAGGAGCUUGGGAACUUGACUAGCUUAGUGGAUUUGGAUUUAUCCGGGAACAGAUUAAUUGGCAAAAUCCCCGACUCCAUUUCCUGUCUUCCCAAUCUCCAAGUCCUCCAAGUUUACAACAAUACCCUCUCGGGCCAAUUCCCGGCCGGCCUGGCAAACUCCACCACGCUAAGAAUCUUGUCCUUAUACACCAAUUCCCUGUCCGGGGAAAUCCCGGAGAAUUUCGGGUCAUCAUCUUCUCUGGUGGUGUUGGACUUGUCGGAAAAUCAAUUCUCCGGAAAGCUGCCACCAAAGCUGUGUACGGGAGGUAAGUUGAUGUACAUCCUUCUACUCCAGAAUAUGUUCUCAGGGGAAUUGCCAGCGAGUUAUGGGAAUUGCCGGAGUGUUGUGCGGUUUAGAGUGAACUAUAAUCUUUUAGAGGGCAAAAUCCCAGAACCCAUAUUUGGUCUCCCCCACGCUUCAAUAAUUGACGUGAGUAACAACAGGCUGAACGGCUCAAUCCCUAAAACCAUUGAGAAUGCUAAGAACUUAUCAGAACUGUUCAUCCAGGGCAACAUGAUUUCCGGGACCCUGCCUUGUGUGAUCUCUAGAGUUACCAAUCUCGUGAAGCUUGAUGCCAGCAAUAAUCUCCUUUCAGGUCCAAUUCCAUUCGAAAUCGGGCGCCUGAAAAGGCUAAAUGUGUUGAUUCUCCAUGGGAAUAGGCUAAACUCUUCUAUUCCUGAAUCGUUAUCCUCCCUGAAAUCCUUGAAUUACCUGGAUUUGUCCAAUAAUCUUUUGAUGGGGAGAAUCCCAGAGAGUCUUGGUGAAUUGCUACCGAACCCGAUGAACUUUUCCAACAAUAUCCUGUCUGGGGCUAUCCCUGUAGCGUUCAUAAAAGGAGGUGUUUUGGAUGGGUUUUCAGGCAAUCCAGGGCUAUGUGUUAUGUCCUAUUCCAGUUCCUCUAAUCUCUUCCCUCUCUGCUCCCAAUCUUUCGACCGGAAAAAGACAAAAAUCGUGUGGGCUGUCGGGAUUUCAGUGUUCUUUGUCAUUGUCGGGGCCAUCUUGUUUCUAAAGCGAUGGCACAGUAAACAAAGAGACAUUAUUAUCGCACAACAAGAGCACCAAGAACUGACAUCCUACGACGUCAAGAGCUUCCACAAGGUGAGUUUCGAGCAGCGAGAGAUCUUCGAGGGAUUGGUGGAGAAGAAUAAAGUGGGGGAGGGAGGGUCAGGGACAGUGUACAAAGUUAACCUCAGCAAUGGAGAAGCCAUAGCCGUGAAGAAGCUUCGGAGCCGGAAAGGGAAACAAGAAGGCUUGACUCUCGACAGGGAAUUGAAGACGGAGGUGGAGACGCUGGGGAGGAUACGCCACAAGAACAUUGUGAAGCUCUAUUGCUACUUCUCCGGCGUGGAUUCUAGCUUGUUGGUUUAUGAAUUCAUGCCGAAUGGAAACCUGGGCGAGGCACUUCACGGCGGCAAGGCGGAUUUGGAUUGGCCUAUUCGGCACCGGAUAGCUCUGGGGAUAGCCCAUGGGUUGGCUUAUCUGCACCACGAUCUCCAGCCCCCGAUUAUACAUAGAGACAUCAAAUCCACCAACAUCCUGCUAGACGUUGAUUACCACCCCAAAGUCGCAGAUUUUGGGAUAGCCAAAAUGUUGCAAGCUAGGGGUGGAAAAGAUUCCACUACUACAGUCAUUGCAGGGACAUAUGGUUACUUGGCACCAGAAUAUGCGUAUUCUGCAAAGGCUACUACCAAGUGUGACGUGUACAGCUACGGGGUGGUGCUAAUGGAGCUAAUAACAGGGAAGAAGCCGGUGGAAGCCGAAUUCGGGGAGAACAAGAACAUUGUGUACUGGGUUUCAAGCAAGGUGGAAACCAAGGAAGCCGCAUACAAGUUGCUGGAUAAACGAGUGUCGGAGUCAUUUAAGGGACACAUGAUUCAGGCUCUUCGUAUCGCCAUCCGCUGCACUUGCAGAAUGCCCGCCUUACGCCCCACCAUGAACGAGGUCGCCCAAUAUCUGGUGGAGGCACAAUGUUGAGUAUGUCUCAUAUAAGAAAAACACGAGUGAGCCCGUGUGAAUAUAGGACACAUCGUCAGACUACGUGUCUUUGAGUUGAGAGUGAUGCGAAAUGUCACGUAACACUAGUGUAGAAGAAGCAACGUAAGUUGAAGAAAUGCCACUCGGCCUGCAGAGAGCAUCGAUCCAUUAUCUGUGGAAUGUCAGAGAUUUGGCCUAUAUUUGUGACUAGCUACUACUCAUAGGUAGCAUAACAGAACAGUAACCUCAAUUUGCUUUUUCAAAACAAUCAUAUCAUUUGUAGUAUACACUAUACAUACAGGUGCUGUUUCACUUUUGCUUUCCCUUUUCUUCACUAGUUCAGACUUUGUCAAUGUAUCCACUGUGCAUAGGCAUCUACACUUUAUAAUCAACCUUUGCAAGUUUAACGUAA